AGACUAGAAUAUUUGUUUUGCCCCUGUGUUCUUUUUAAAGUUUUCACCAUUCCUCAUUCAACGCUAAACACUCAUUUCUCUCAGUCUUACGACGAUCCACGACAGCGUUGGAAUUCAACCAACACUGUAGCGCCAGCUCUUGGUAAUAAUUUCGCGUUGCAGGACCGCAAUUAUAAAACAAGCACCAUUGAGGGAGGCAGCAGUACCGGUGAUCCAAGCAUCGGAGGCAGCAAUUUGAAGCUAGCAAUAACGGCUAAUCAAAACGAUUCUGAGCGUUUUAACGACAGCUUUAACAAUCGAGGAGGGGGCGGAGGCCAAUCCCCGCCGACACCUACUGUCGGGAAAACCCUGCUCAACACCAGUGCUAAUCUCUUGCCGAUAACCACUGCAUCGGAUACUUUUAACAAUUUGAAGAAUCUCCUUAAGAUCGAUAAAGGAUCCUCGCCGACAAACGGCGGAGGCAAUCAGAGCAACAACAGCAGCGGCAAGCGCAUUAACAACGAAGGGGGUAACAGCGGUUAUAAACGCUCUCCCAUUUCCGGUGAAGGCCGCAACAACUUAAACGGCGCUGGCAGAUCUGGAGCUUCUACUGGUUCCGGACACUUUUCGACUGGUUAUAGCAAGAAUUCCGCCAAAAUUCGUCAACACGAUUCUGAAGUAAGCCCACGGCCUCGACGAUCUUUCCAGAGUGAUUCGUCGUCGUCGCGUUACUAUAACAAAAAUAGUGACAUUUUGGGAGGCUCUCAAGCUGGUGGUAUUGGCAACAACACUAACACUAGCAACAGCGGCAACCCAUACAACAACAGCAACACUGGAGGCGGACGCGGCGGUUCACUAAACGCUAAUAGCAACGACAACGGUGGACGCAGCGGACACGAGGGCAGAGGAGGAGGUUAUAAUAGCAACAACUACAACGAGGGCGGUCGACGUAAUUAUCAACCGCACAACUCUCAAUCUGAUGGCGGCUAUACACGCAAUAUAAGUUCGGGCUCUGGCAGCAACUACCGCUCACACCAGGGUUCACGUUACGAAAACGGCAAUGGAAACGGACAACAGCGUCAGUACGGUUCCUCAACUAACGCUGGCUACAACAACAAUUACAACAAUAGCAAAUCAUACGGACACCGAUCAGCCGCAAAUGAUGGCAAUCUAAACGGCAAUAACAACUCCAAUUAUCGUUCAUCCCAAAGAGAGAGAGGAGGUGACCGCGAGCGCGAUAGAGACGAUUACGUAAGCAAUAAUUAUCGGGAUUACGAAGAUUCUCCUCGUGGAGGAGGCGGUGGCGGGCGUUAUAAUAAUAACAACGGCAACCAAAACAGCAAUUCAGUUCAAAACGGUUCUUCGAACAGUAAUACAAAUAGUUUAGAACGUCGUCUACCCCCUUCUGCUUUACGUCAGUCGGGUGGGGAACGCGGCGGUGGAUACAUUGAUCAUCGCGUCGAACGCUCAUCGAAUGACAAUUCAAAUAAUAGAGCAUUAAAUAAUCGUUCACCAUCAAUACGCGCAGGAGAUAAUGCUUUGGGUGGUGGUCACUCAUCUUCAGUACCAUCAUCGACCGUAAAUUCGUCAUCAUCUUCACGUGGCAUUUCACCAAAUUCGCCAGCUUUAGCAAACGCAAGCCAGCAUCCUACACCGGCUCCAACACCACCACCUUCAGCUGGUCGUUGGGUGCCACCAUCUUUGCGUCCUCAGCAUGGACUUUCUCAAGCCGAAAAGAAUGAUGCAGUUUUCAGAAAGGUUCGCGGUAUUCUUAAUAAAUUGACUCCAGAAAAGUUCCAGGAACUUAGCGACGAAUUACUCAAACUUGAUUUAAAUUCAAUUGUCAUUUUGAACGGUGUUAUUUUACUUAUUUUCGACAAGGCAUUGGAUGAGCCUAAGUACUCGUCUAUGUACGCACAGUUGUGCAAAAGGCUAUCAGAAGAAGCACCAUCAUUUGAAAAAGAUCCAAACGGUUCUUGUACAUUCUUAAGACUACUGAUCGCAGUCUGUCGUGACAAAUUUAACAAUCGUCUAAAACGUGACGGCGCCGAAGGAGAUUCCCAAUUCAAUAAAGUACUUCGUCCUCAACAAGCUGCAGCCGACAAUGAGGCCGACGAAGAGGAACGUCGCCACUUGGCCAAACAGCGAAUGCUCGGCAAUGUCAAAUUCAUCGGUGAGCUACACAAAUUGGACAUGCUGUCCAAGAACGUGCUCCAUCAAUGCAUUAUGGAGUUGUUGGAUAAGAAAAAGAAGCGCACGGCCUCGAAGGAAGAAAUGUGCGAGGACAUGGAGUGCCUGGCACAGCUGCUCAAGACGUGCGGCAAGAACUUGGAUUCAGAACAGGGCAAAGAGCUGAUGAACCAGUACUUUGAGACAUUGGAACGUCGCUCAAAAUCUACUGACUAUCCACCCAGGAUACGCUUUAUGCUAAAAGACGUCAUCGAAUUGCGUGAAAACAACUGGAUACCUCGCAAGGUGGUCAACACCGAGGGCCCAGUGCCAAUCAAGCAAAUACGCAGCGAUGAUGAGCCAUUAAUACGCACUCCGUUCACUAAUCGCAACCGUGAUAUGCGCAACAAUCGUGAUGAUCGUGAUAGUGACAGCUGGAUGAAUCGCUUAACGAUUAAUUUACAACCAGGUUUAAAUGAUAUGUUUUCAGGAUUGAGUGUUACAGGAUCAUCGCCAAUUAUAUCACCAUUCACCACUCCAGUUGGAAACAACCGAUCAUAUAACAAUAGAGAUCAUCGCAACAACCAAGGUGGCAACGGUAAUUACAACAACCGUUACAACAAACACAAUAACCAGAAUGGUCCAGGCAGUGAUCGCGGCCAUCGUGAAGAUCGCCAACAUCAAAGAGGCGGUGAUCAAUCUGGUUCCCAAUUCAAUAGUGGUGGCAAUCAAUUGAAUAGCAAGGAAUUAGCACCCCGUUUCAAGCGUAAUCUCAUCUCGACGAAUCAAGACUCGGUUGAGAAUUUGCAAAUGAGACCAGCAGCCAAUUCAUUGCUCUUUAAGGCAGCCUCACAAAAUCAGAAACUUCCAUCUAUGCUGCCGAUAUCUACACCACCCAAUGGAAGCCACAGUAAUCUCACUCCAUCCACAGGAGGAUUUGGUGGGGGAUUCAACCAAAAUAAGGACUCACAGUUGUCGAAUGCUCAAUAUCCUCUAUUAGGUACACCAACAUCUCAUUUGAGCUCAUCCCAACAAAAUGCUCGACCAUCUUCCACGCCAUCAGCCGAAGCAGAACAUAAGAACUCACACAAUUUGGGCAACGGUGACAAAUCCUUGAAAAAUACUUCAUCUAAUCCCAACUUUUCUAGCAAUUCCUCCAUUAAUCAGAGAAACAGCGGUGGCUUAGAGCACCAAGAGGAUGGCAAUGAUAAAAAAUCACUUCUUAAUACUCCCCAGGUGCAGCUGGUAACAAAACAGGGAUCAACUGAAAAGGUUCCCGGUGCUAACGGAUCUGCAAAACCACAGAAGAAGGAAAAGGCCUUCAACAAAGAAGAGGUGCUUAAGAAAACUGCCUCCUACAUUAAGGAGAAAUUCUUCUACACUGAAACAAAAGACGAAAUCAAUGAAAGUUCUGAAAAUGAUGAAAACGAAGCAACUACCGCCGAUAAGCAAUUGUCCGAAGUAGUUGAAGGUUUCUUGGAGUUGAAAGUACCAGAGAAAUGCAUGAAAGACGUAUGUAUCUGUACCGUGUUAGAUGUUUUGGAAAAGGCUGAUGAACAAUACUUGGAUCGUGUUCUCAAGUUCUUGCAAACUCUCAAGAAACAGGCUAAUCUUAAACCCAAUCUUCUGCUCGAAGUCUUUAAGCAGGUGGUCAAGAAAAUGAAUGAACGUGAAGCGCUUAAUCCCCGCAUAACAACAUUUGUCGCCAAUUUAUUGGCUAAGGCCACUGUGGGAGAGGCAUGCCUAUUAAAACUUAAUGAUAUUGCCAACUACACAGACAACGGUCAGCAUUAUCCAUUAUUUUUACUGGUGCUUCAACAGUUGCACAAGGCCAUAGGCAAAGACCAACUAGAGGAAAUGUUCCGAGCCAGCAAAGUUGAUUUGAUGAACUGUUUACCUGAAGUGGAUCGCAAUAAAACUCGCUUGGCAGAAAUUCUCGACGAUCGUUCAUUGACAUUCCUCUAUCCGUUGCUUAAAGUUCAGGCUGAAAUGAGCAAACAAUUAACAACCGAUCCUGAUCCUACCAAUUUCUACAAAUGGAUCAAGGCCAAUGUCGAUGCCAAAUAUUAUAAGGAAGAAGGUUUUAUUAAUGCCCUCAUGACAGUCGUAGUCAAAUAUGUUACAUCUCAAACCAGCUUCCCCGAAGGAACAGAUGUCAAAAAUUGUCCCGACAAAGCCACCAUACAGAAGGAAGAAAGCUUAUUACACAAAUACUGCCAAAUAUUAAAAUCCUUCUUGGGUCACAGCAUCGAAUUGCAAUUGAUUGCCAUUUAUGCUCUACAAGUAUUUUGCGUUAAUGAGAAUUUCCCGAAAGGUAUGCUUUGUCGUUGGUUUAAAUAUUUGUACGAAGCUGAAGUUAUAUACGAAGACACAUUCAUACAUUGGAAAGAGGAAAUAUCUGACAAGUAUCCUGGCAAGGGUACCGCUUUAUUCCAGGUUAAUAACUGGUUGACUUGGUUGCAAGAAGCUGAAUCAGAAGAUGAUGAAGAUUAAACAAAUAUUUAACAAAAAUCAUUCAAUCUUUCAUAAAGCAGCAACCAUUAUGAUAAACAAAAAUUUAGAUUUUAAACAAAUUAUAACUAACUUUUAAAUAAUUAAAACACAAAACAACAAAAAAACUGUUUCUAGCUCUAAGAUAUACAUACAUAUUUCUCCAACAACUCAAUUCAAUUUACAUUUCUUCAAGAUAAAGAGAAAUAGAAACGAAACAAUAAAACCUCCCGAACAGACAUAAAUCAAUAUCAAUAUAGAAGCACUUCUGGGCAAUAUAAUUACGUUAUUUGCCAUAUUAAAACCAUAUUGACUUAAAUUCUCAAUAGCUAUAAACAAUUCCCCCCCCCCCCUCUUUCUCCAUGAUAUACUAGUAUAUAUAUUUUUUUAAUUUUUAACUUUUUUUAUUUAACAAUUAUUGACAAAAUUUAGCAAACACAAAGAUUAUAGAAAUUAAUGAGAUGUUUAAAUAAAACGAAAUUCAAACUUACUCUUGAAAACAUUAAAAGCAAA